GUGCUCGGGGGGCUGUCGACGCUCGCCGCGUCGUACCUCGCCAAGGCGCGCGGCUCGGGCGAGCCCGAGCACUCGACCGCGUGCGUCAAGGACCUCGAGAACUUUGUGCGCGAGGCCGAGGCCUGGGUCCUCGACCACGGCCACCGCGUCGCCUCCGCGACGGACGACAACAGCCACAGCCACAGCCACAGCGACGACGGGGCUGCGCUCGACAUGGCCGUCGCACGCUUUCGCGCGAGGUUUGAGGAGAUCAUGGGGAAGCCGCCGACGGGGCUCGCGCAGAUGUUCAAGGAGAAGAUGAUGUCGCCGUCGUCCCCCGUGUGA